AUGACCAUUGGGAACUGCACCGUGUUUAGUUACUUUAUUUUCUUAGGGCUUUCUGGCAGACAGGAUGUGCAGCAGGGUCUCUCUUUAGUAUUCCUCUUGGUUUAUGGUGUAACUGUGGUUGCCAACCUCGGGAUGGUCCUGCUGAUCCAGAUGGACCCCAGACUUCACACACCCAUGUAUUAUUUCCUGAGCAAUCUGUCUUUCUGUGACGUCUGCUACUCUUCCACUGUCUCUCCCAAGAUGCUGGCUGAUUUCUUAACUAAACAAAAGAGGAUUCCCUAUAAUGCAUGUGCUAUUCAGAUGUAUUUUUUCGGGGCCUUUGCAGAUGUGGAAUGUCUCAUGUUGGCUGUCAUGGCCUAUGACCGUUAUGUUGCCAUUUGCAACCCACUGCUUUACACAAUCACCAUGUCUAGGAGGUUGUGUACCCGGCUGGUGGUCGCUGCCUACUUUGUCGGGCUGGUGGAUUCUGCAAUCCAUACCUGUUGCACAUUUAGAUUGUCAUUUUGUAGUUCCAACAUCAUCAACCACUUUUUCUGUGACAUCCCGCCCUUGCUGGCCCUGUCUUCCUCUGACACGUCUGUGAACGAGAUAGUAAUGUUCACUUUUAUCGGCUGCGUCGUGGGCUUCAGCGUCGUCACUGUGCUUCUCUCCUAUGGCUACAUCGUAGCUGCCAUCCUCAGAAUAAACUCCGCAGAGGGACGAUGCAGAGCCUUCUCCACCUGCGCCUCCCACUUGACCGCCGUGGCUGUGUUUCACGGCACGCUCCUGUUCAUGUACUUCCGACCCAGCUCCAGUUACUCCAUGGACACAGAUAAGAUGGCCUCCGUUUUCUACACAGUUGUCAUACCCAUGUUAAAUCCACUCAUCUACAGCUUGAGGAAUAAGGAUGUGAAAGGUGCUCUGAAAAAAGCAAUAAACACUAAGUUAUGUUCUGGAUGA